UUAUUGUCAUCAGGGCUACCCAUAAGACAAAUUGAAAAAUAUUUAUAAACACUCAACCAAAUGCCAUGGAGUGAAUUGCACCAACAUCGAUGUAUAAACACAUAAUUGUGACAGAUGCUUCAAACAUAAAUAAAAACAAUAUUUUACAUUUCUUGCAAGGAGCAAGGAAGUACAAAAAUAACAUUCAACAAUUCAAAGUAGAGCUGUGUCAACAUUGAUGUGUCUUCAUGAUGAAGCGAGGAGAAACAAUUGAAGUAAUUUCAGUACAGGAUAAAGUUGAUAAAUCAAGAAAUAAAAGUAAUACAACAGCCAAUGUUCAAGAAGUUUCACACCGCAAUGAAAUUCCACAGUUGAAAAACAGUAAUAUUAUGAUAAACAGAGGUGAUGACUGUUGCAUUGUUGUAAGCAAUAACAUUGAGGACCAUUAUGAUCCCUUCAGUAACAAUAGUGGGGAUGACAUAAGAGAGAACUCACACCAGAACAAUCUUGUGGGUCCAUUUGCUGAUGACAGACCAAUCUGUGAGUGUGACACCAUCAAACAGCUGAUGGCUAGGACUGAGACCCGGUAUCUGCUCAGCCUUCUUCCUGACAUGGCGGAGAUGAAUCCACGUCAGAAGUUGGUGUUUAAGGAGAAAGUUUUACAGAUAAUUGAUAAUGUAUUAACUAAUGUAAGUUGAAUAUGUUUUACCUUUGUAACUACCAUCUAUUUUGUGGUUAAUAUUAAAAGUAUUUCACUGUAA